CGCUGUCAGCUGCUGUUUGUUUACGGGCGGAUGUUGUGACCGGGAGCCGGGGAGCCCGAAGGGAACAUGGAGAGCGGUGGGAGCGGGGCUGAGGGAGCCGGGCUGGAGGGACCCGCCGGAGAUAUGUGCUGCCUCAGCUACAACCAGGACUGCACAUCGUUGGCCAUCGGUUUGAGGAAUGGAUACAAACUGUUCUCUCUAUGCUCUGUGGAGCAGCUCGAUAUGGUCCAUGAAAGCAGCGAGAUCUCCGAUGUGUAUAUUGUGGAGCGUCUUUUCUCCAGCAGCCUGGUAGUGGUGGUGAGUCACACAAAGCCUCGACAAAUGAACGUAUUCCACUUUAAGAAGGGCACCGAGAUCUGCAAUUACAACUACUCCGGGAAUAUACUAUCCAUCAGGUUGAACCGCCAGAGGCUGGUUGUAUGUUUGGAAGAAUCAAUUUACAUCCACAAUAUAAAAGAUAUGAAACUCCUCAAGACUUUGUUGGACACCCCGCGGAAUGCGUCAGGUCUCUGUGCUCUCUCCAUUAACCAUUCCAACUCCUAUCUUGCAUUGCCCGGCAGCUCCUCAGUAGGGGAGGUGAUGUUGUACGAUGCAAAUAGUUUGAAAACAGAAUGCACAAUACCCGCCCACGAUAGUCCACUUGCUGCUAUUGCCUUUAACUCUACGGGAACAAAACUUGCCAGCGCUUCGGAAAAAGGUACUGUAAUUCGAGUAUUUUCCAUUCCAGAGGGGCAGAGAUUGUAUGAAUUUAGAAGAGGAAUGAAGAGGUAUGUGAAUAUCAGCUCCCUCGUGUUCAGCAUGGAUUCUCAGUUCCUGUGCGCAUCCAGUAACACAGAAACGGUCCACGUCUUUAAACUGGAACAGUUGUUUGAAAGGUCAGAAGAUAACUCCUCAUGGUCAGGGUAUGUGGGAAAAAUGUUCAUGGCUGCUUCAAACUACCUCCCAACCCAAGUAUCCGACAUGAUGAACCAGGACCGGGCCUUUGCCACCGUACGCCUGAACUUCUCCGGCCAGAGGAACACUUGCACAUUAGUCACAAUACAGAAGCUGCCGAGACUUCUCGUGGCCUCGUCCAGUGGCCACCUCUACAUCUAUAACUUGGAUCCGCAGGACGGGGGCGAGUGUGUUUUAAUCAAGAAACACAGCCUACUUGACUCUGGGAAAUCAGAGAGUGACCGAGAAGGCGAAACUCUAAGUUCUGCACCGGUUUCUUACGCUGCCACACUCGCAAGGCCAAGCACGGCCCCUUCCCCGUCUACCGUGACUGGUUACUCUGAGGAUGGAGGGGCCAUGCGAGGAGAACUUCUCCCUGAGCACGAAUUUGCAGUAGGACCCGUGUGUCUAGAUGACGAGAAAGAAUUCCCUCCUAUAAGUUUGUGCCGCGGAAGUCAGAAGGUCAGAAACGAAGAGCCGUGACAAGACGCCGAACGUUUGAUGGCAGAUUGGGGACCCAUAUGGAAGAUUGGAAUGUGUGAGCUAUAGCUCCAUACAUAUCACACGAAUGGUCAGGAAUACAUUGUGAACUAGAUCGUUUACAUAGCCAACAUGGCACAAUCUAAUUAUUCUGUAAGCAUAGGUUAUAUUAUUAUGACAAACAACAGUACAGACUUGUUAACUGUCAGUUUUAUUUAUCCUUUUUAUAUAAAUGGAUUUCCUUUAAAUUAUGCAAUUUUAUUUGUACAAAUGUACAUUUAGGAAAGCCUAAUAAUAUCUAUGUAUGUAUCUGUUUAUAUUAUAAAUACUAAAUGUUUUAUUCAUGAUGAAUGCGCAAAGAAAAGAGAAAAAAAAAAAGUUGAAUAUAGCCCACAUUAAGCACAGAGACGGUUUAUGUUGGGAAAUAAAAUAUUAAGCACCUCAA